AAGCUAAAGCACUAAUAGUAAAAGCACGUCUUGUAUCUGACAAAGAAAGCUCUGCCUUAUGGCCAUGGCUUGCUUGUACCUUGUGGCCGGGGUUGCGUUCUUACUAGCAGGAAGGACAAUAGCAGUUGCUCCUGUAGUGGCGCCUCUAGAUGGCAGUCAGCAAGUGGCUGUCAGCCCAGAGCCUCAUAAUCUUACCUUUGUCGUUGCUCCUCCCGUAUUCCCUUCAAACAUCUCCUGGACAUAUCACAAUGGCCUGAAUACCGAAAUCAUAGACGAGAAUACUAAUCCUUUUCUCUCUUUCUCUCCUAGCAGACUGACCCUAACUCUCAGCCUCCCUUUGUCACAGAAUGAAGGAACUUAUACUCUUACUGCUACCAAUGAAGACGGGUCUUCUUCUGCCUUUAUCACACUGGACAUAAAAAGUCGUCCUGCUUUUAUAACUCUUCCAUCAUCUCAGAAUAAACACGAAAGAGAGAACGUCACGUUCCCUUGUUUCGCGACUGGAGACCCAACCCCUUCCAUCGAAUGGAUCUUCAACGAUACGUUCGUCAUAAACUCGUCAAAUGAGAAAUACCAGAUUGGCCUCUUUGGUGAAUCUAAUUUCGGGUCUUUGACUGUCCAGGACUUAGAGUUUCCAAACACAGGCGUCUACAUAUGUCGGGCUUCUAAUCAGUUUGGGUCACUUAAUGCCACUGCCGUUGAUCUAGGAGUGCAGGUUUUACCUUCGGUCACUUCACAACCGUCCGAUAUUGCUCCUGUCGCUGGAGGCGUGGCCUACCUUAGAUGCAGCGUGAGGGGUUUUCCCCCAGUAAACGUCUAUUGGACUAAGAACAUUACCAAUGUGACGGAGUUGGACUCAGUUGUUCGAUACACCACUAACUCAGUUUAUGAUCACAGCAGCCUCACCACUCAUAGUACACUGACACUCAAUGGUUCUGUAUUGUCUACUGAUGGUAACUACACUUGUACUGCAACUAACAACCUUAAAAGCUUUGAAUCAGCUACAUCAAUGGAGGCUGAAGUGAUUGUACAAUAUCCACCUGCUACUAGUGUAUCAGACAGUACAGUGAGGGUCAAUCAGUCUUUCUCAACAACCUUCAAUUGCUCUUCGUUUGGAAUUCCACCUCCUUCCCUGUUCUGGUAUUUCAAUGGCAGUAAUCUUGAGUCUGGGGGCAAUGUCGUUGUAACCAGGACCAGUUUUGUAAACGAGUCUGACCUGUAUAUUCGUAGCAUUGAAUUAGCUAUUGUUAAUGCGGAUAGAGCAGCUCGUGAAGGAAGCUAUACUUGUGUUGCUGUUAACAAUGUUAAUAACUUGAUCUCUUCUCCUGAAAAUGUUACCACUCAAGUGUUUGUGCAAGUUCCACCACGGUUGGUUCUACCUAAUGGACCUUCAGUUCUCGGUGUAGUUGGUUCCUCGGUUACCCUAAGGUUUCAAGUAGAAGAUGCUUCCCCAGACGUACUACCAGAGAGAACCUUCUGGUCCUUUCAAGGCACUCCCCUAUCCUCAAACCUGUCAGACAGGUUUGCCUACUCAAUGGAUAGACGCAGCUUAGCUAUUAAUGAUCUGACUCAUCAAGAUGAAGGGCUCUACUCAGUGAUGGUCGUUAACGAAGCAGGGACAGACUCUAGCGAAAUAAACCUUCACAUAGAAGCUGCUCCUGUCCUGGUUUCUCCAUUUUUAACGGACUCUAUUGUUCUUCAAGGUAACAGUACUGAGCUUCGUUGUAGCAUCACCUCAGAACCCCAGCCCAGCGUCCAAUGGCUUUUUAACUCCAACCCUCUCAACCUCUCCAUCUCUAGACUCAGUGUAGGGUUUUUCAAUGGCUCCGAAGUGAGAGAGUAUUUCAGUGUAUUGAGUAUCAGUGAAGCAACGAUGGGGGACACUGGUGACUAUACUUGCCUUGUAACUAAUGUACACGGAACUGUGAACAACACUGCACAUGUAGAAGUACAAAUCCCUCCUAUAAUAACACAGGGUCCUAAUGACACUCUCAGUAUCAGAGGUUUCUCUGUCUCUCUCUCUUGCCAAACCUUUGGUUCGCCUACUCCAAACAUCACUUGGUUAAAAGGAAGCAUGGCAGUAAGCUCCUCUCCUUCUAUUAGCAUUACCUCCAUAAGGAACGGCUUUACAAGAGAGAGUGUUUUGACUUUUCUUAAUUUGUCUUUCUCUGAUGCUGAGGAUUAUACUUGUCUUGCUCAGAAUGAUCUUGUUACGCUUACCUCCGGCAACUCUACCCCAGCUCAGCUUAUCGUCAAUCAGCCUCCGUUAUUAGCCAGCAGUACAGAUGAGUUCAGUAUAUUCAACCAGUCCCAAACCGUCAACAUUUCUUGUCACUUCCUUGGCCUCCCUCCUCCCUCAAUCUCAUGGUCUAGAUCAGAUUCCGCCGACCUCUCAGACUCUGUCAAAUUCACCACCUUUAUCAGUUCCAGUGAGCCUCCAGAGGGCGGAGUCAUUAGUUCCUCUACGCUACAAGUGACGGAUGUGGGUGAGAGUGACACCGGUAACUAUACAUGUACAGCGGCUAAUAGGGCGACCGGUCCAAUGGAACCGCUCAACAUAACCAGUCACUCACUCCGUGUACUAGUCCAAACAUCUCCUCUGGUCAAUCGGGUCUCGGCUCAAACCGAAAUUGGAGUCCUCACUAGAAACAUUACCCUUGUCUUCUCCGUGUCACGUGACGUCCCGGCCGUCGUUCCGAUUGACAUCAAAUGGUUCCUCAAUGGUACUGAGAUUCUCUCAGACGAUAGGCACAUGUUUUCCGACUCGAGAGAAUCUCUGAGUAUUUAUAAUCUGACGCUGCCCUUCGAUGAAGGGGAGUAUAGUGUGGUCGCUAGUAAUAUUAUUGGGAAUGGAACCGAGUCUUUGUUUUUGGAUGUGGAAAUUGCUCCCAUCAUCACUAGUAACUCUGGUAGAGUCAAUACGAUUGAAGGCAACAACGCUACAUUCCAUUGUCUUGGCGUAUCUGAGCCAGUUCAUUUCACCAGCUGGAGAUUCAAUGGAACUGACAUAUCCCCAGACUCCAUUAAAUACAGUAUUAUUGGUAACAAUACUUCAAACAGUACACUGAUAGUUCAUAACGUUAGUCUCACUGACCAAGGACUUUAUGCUUGUCAUGCUGAUAACGUGCAUGGGGUUGAUUCGGCUGUAUCUGUCCUGUUUGUUCAAGUUCCUCCAUAUAUUUCUAGUCCUCCUUCCUCUUCUACUGUCCUUGUCAAUACUUCUGCUGCCUUCCGUUGCUGCUCAGGAGGAAUACCACUACCAUCCAUACAGUGGCUGAAGAAUGGCACAAUCAUAGAUGAAGCUAACAGAACAAGCUUUACAAUUCAAGAGUCAACUUAUGAAAACUGCAGUGUCCUUAAUAUUGCUAACCCAGUCUUCAGUGAUAGAGGAGAAUAUGCUUGUGUCAGUAGAAACCAGUUAGCUGAGGAGUUAAUGGCUAUAAGUGAUCCUGUUGAAUUGAUUGUCCAAUAUCCACCACAAGUCUUCCGCCUAUCACAGGCUACAUACACAAGGAAUGAAUCAGACUCCUUUACUAUUGAAUGCACUAGUUUUGGUGUUCCCCUACCCACCCUCUACUGGGUGCCGGGGCCACUCAAUAUCACUAAUAGGAUUGGCGAUGGUGACCUAUUCCUUACAAAUGGAGAGUUAGCUUCAUUCUUAAGUUCAAUAUCAGGUCAUACUAAUAGAUUAGUGAAUCUGACUGAUCAGUGCCCUAUGAAUAGAGGCCCAUCAGUUUGUAGAGGCAAUGUUGAAUCUAGUAAUGAUACUAAUGUUGAGUGUGAUAGGAUUAAUGGUUCCCUGUGUCCAGUGUCUUGUGGUAUUGAUAUUACUAGUUAUAAUGAGACUAGGGAUGAUGGUAGGCCCGUCUCUGUCUCCAGGUUGACUUUAUGCUCUUUGUUAAAGUCUGAAGAGUUGUCUUAUACUUGUGUUGCUGUUAAUAAUGUAACUAAUGACAUUGGAACGCCUGAGGCUGUAUCUGCUAAUCUUGUUGUUCAAGUUGAACCGUAUGUCUUCUCCAGUCAAACUGAUACUCAGAUUGCGUUUAGAGGUCACAGCACAACUCUAGACUUUAACAUUUCCUUAGCAUCGCCUGACGUGCCCCCCGAGGGCAUUACCUGGUCUUUCACACACCGGUUCCUGGACAUAUCAGAAAUUAUCACAGGGUCUGGGGAUCACUACGAAUUUUCGGAGAGUCAUAGGUCCCUAACUUUAUUCAAUCUCACUACUAAUGAUACUGGCUAUUAUGAACUCACUGCUACAAAUCCUGCUGGAACCGACAGACAUACUAUAGAGCUCUCUGUGCAGGCCCUACCUGAAAUAAUCCGUUCCACUCGAAGUCCUGUAAUUACAGUCACAGACUCUGUUGUACCCUUGGAUUGCUUUGCUGAUGGAUCUCCUCUUCAAAAUGUCUCCUGGACAUUCACAAAUGCCAGUGGAGUCCUUCUAUUUGAGAUAAGGUUUGUCAUCGAUAACGAUACAGCUAGAACCGGCUAUACAGAGUACCUCCCUCUCGUCGAGGGUAUUACCAGGACAUAUAUAAUGGAGAGGUUUAGUAUAUCUGAUAACACAGUUCCUUCUGCAAUGGAGUAUGGUAGAUUGAGUAUAAGAGAUAUCAAUGCGUUUGAUGCUGGAGUAUACACCUGCACUUUGACUAAUGAGUAUAACUUGAUGGAGCCUGAUACCUAUUCUGUUCAAGUCCAAGUACAACUAUAUCCCAGUAUAUCAACUCACCCACAGUCCACCCAGUGUACCAGUGGUGACUCCUGUUCCCUCAAUUGUACUGUAACCGGUGUACCGGCUCCAAACAUCACCUGGUAUCACGAUGGUACACUGGUAGAUGACCACUCAAUUCAAUUCACUUAUACGUACAAUCAAACGACAUCAGUACUGAACAUUGCUAGUGUUAAUUAUUUAACAAACUCUGGUAGAUAUCACUGUGUCGGUAAUAACACACUUUAUAGUCCUGGCUCUGCUGAGUCUAAUGAAGCAAUGUUGACUGUACUAUAUCCUUCCAAAGUCUUAUCACUCCCCAGUCACACUAUCAUAAACGAGACCUUUACUGCUACACUUACAUGUAUAGUCACCGGUAACCCACGUCCCACCGUCACAUGGUCUAUUGGUUCACGGGCACUGGCCAGCAGUAAUAACGGCAAAUAUGUCAUAACUACUAAUAAUUCAAUGGGCGGGCUGCUUUUUAAUGUGACCAGUGUGUUGAAUAUUAGUAAUGUUAAUAAAAGUGACGAGGCAGUGUAUACUUGUUCAUCGGAAAAUGAAGUCCGUAACAAUAUUGGUGUGAAUAGAAUUGCUAUCAGUAGACUCACUAUACAAGUUCCUCCGACUGUCGUUGGCAUGAACAAAGAGUCAGUAGAAAAAGGUUCCGAAAUAAUAAUAUCAUUUAAUAUAACGCGAGCCUCUCCUCCUGUCUCCCUUGAUGACAUCAUCUGGUCCUUUACUAGUAUCAAUGACGUACAAUCAAGGCCAAUGAUUCUAAACGUAACAUGUGCCGAAAUGGAAAAUGCAACCUGUGUGGAUUCUCAGCGUUAUCAGAGAUACAAUUUCACUUUUGAUCAUAAUCUAACGACUCUGACGAUACAAGAUGCUCAAGUUGAAGAUUAUGGCACGUUUGCACUUAGUGUGUCCAAUCCAGCUGGUAUGAGUAGUGAUAGUCAUUUAUUAAAAGUUAUUGUUCCAGCCCUUCUGGGCAAUAGUACUGGUAUGAUUUUUAAUAAAACAAAAACUCAAUUAGAUGAAGUCAUCAACAUUACAAUGAGUUGUACGGCUGACGGCAUCCCCAAGCCUGGUAUCAUUUGGUUUUACAAUGAUGCUAUUUUGAACUUUAAACCGCGCGUGGCAUUCGUUCCACAGGACUUGAACGAGACAAUAAGACCUGAUGUCAUACAUCCGAAUGGUACUGCUGUGAUCAGUAUACUCACUAUUACCAAUGCUAAUGCGAGAGAUGACAGCGGACUGUAUGCUUGUCAAGCAGAGAACAUUGGAGGGCGUUCUCUACUUGAUCCACCCAAUAAUCUCAUCAUUAAUGUCCCUGUUGAAAAUUACUGCGAGUCCUCCCCGUGUCAAAAUGGCGGAACAUGUAACAACCUUGAGAGAGGGUUUUAUUGUAUAUGUGGACGUGUCGGUCAAGCAGUCUACAGCGGUGAUACUUGUGAAAUAAGAACUGAAUCUGAAAUUGCUCCAAGAUUCCUAAGUGUAACGUCAGUGGACAUAUUUGUAGCUCUUUUUAAACCAGUGACCCUCCGUUGCUCUGCUGAGGGUCUUCCAAAUCCUUCCAUCCGAUGGUACAGGGAUGGUGUAUUUGUCGAGGGCUCCCUUGGUCCAUCUCCUAAUGAGUACGUUAUACAAGAAAUAAGGCUUGAAGACAGAGGCAACUACCAUUGUGUAGCAAGCAAUGCUGUUGGUGUUGUAGCCAGUGAAACUGUACUGGUUAAUAUAAAUGAUGUGAUUGAGUAUAUUGCUAAUCUAACAGUUCAAGUUUCAAGCUUAAGAGAAGGGGUUAACAUAACUUCUGCUGCUGAUACCAUUGUCAAUACAAUAAACAGUGGUAUUGCUGGUGAAGAAAUUGGUUCUAAUUCAACCUUCUUCUUUAUAGUCAGGAAUGGCAUUCCUUUAAAUAGAACCACUAAUAUUACAGUGCCCAUCAAGAUAACUAUUAGACUUCAAGAGGACACUCCAAAUGAUAUCCUCCGACGGAACGUUGAAGACCGUGUGAGUAAGUUUGGACAUCAUUUGGAGAUCAGCGAUAAUCAGGGAGUAAGAAGAUUCAAUUAUUGUCCCCCUGACAAUACUGAUAUUCCUUCUCCUGAUGGUGACCCAGCUCUUAGGCUCAUAAUAGAAUGGCCUGAGAUAUUGUUUGGUAGAGUUCAAAACGUCAGCUGUCCUUGUGAUUUCCAGCUGUCGUCUACAGUCCUUCUUGCUACGAGAAAUUGCGGAGGGAAUUUAAUAACAGGUGCUGCUUGGGAGAGGCCAAAUAUUCAACCUUGCAAUUUCUCUGUGACUACAAGACAGUUGUGUAGACUAGCUAAUCUAUCUUCUUCCGAAUUACUAAACGGUCUUGAUAAUAUUACGGGCAAUAUUGAUAAGAUUGAUUCUGCUGGUGUCACAGUUUCUGCCACUGCCAUUAAUUCUGUUGUAGACGAUGUCAUCAGUAAUGAUACACUUGUUAAUACUACCAUGAAUGUAUUUAAUAACAUCCAAGGAGUUAGUCGACAGGAGCUUGUUAUAGCUCAGAGGACAAGCGAUUCGUCCGAAAAAAUGUUAAGGUCAUUAUUUAACAUUACAAACACUCUUCCAGCAAAUACGACGAUUCUUCGAGACAGGAUGGCCAUCAUGACAGGCAGCUUUCUUAACUCCUCCAUCUCUUCCAGCCACAACUCAACGUCAAACGCUACUGUCAUGUUACCAGAUGGGUUUCUUAGAGAUAAUCGUGACAAUCCGUUUGUUUUUUCGGUUUUCACGAGUGAUAGUUUGUUUAUUCCAAAUGAAGAUGACGGGAGUACUGUUGGUACACCUGUACUUGACUUUACUUUACCUGAUCAAGAUGUGUCUAAUUUAGCAGAACCCAUACAAUUGAUGUUUCCUAAUUUCACUCCACCUGCUGAUGGGAGCCGUAUUCCUGUGUGUCGGUUCUGGGACACAGAAAAUAAUGAGUGGUCUAGUGAUGGUUGUUCGCUAGUAGGAGGGAAUAUCUGCAGCUGCGACCACUUGACUAGCUUUGCAAUAUUGCUGGAUGUUGCUGCCGAAGAACCGCCCACAGCUGCAGAGGCUGAAGUAUUUCAGUACUUAACAUACAUUGGCCUCACUGUAUCUAUUAUAUGUCUCAUAGUGACUCUUAUAACUUACCUAGGAACUCCGAAGCUACGUAACUCGGAAGCCAGUCAACUCCUCAUUCACCUCUCAUUUGCUCUCCUUGGCUUAUACUUCACAUUCAUUAUAGCAGCUCAAGGGGACAGACUAACGAAACCAGUCUGUGGGAUCAUUGGCGCGCUAGUUCAUUACUUCUUUCUCGCCGUUUUCUUUAUAAUGGCGGCAGAGUCGGUUGACCUGUUUAUAAAACUCGUUAUAGUCCUGGGUCCAAAGAUACAGAGAUUCAUACUAAAGACUGCAAUUAUCGGCUGGAUUGCUCCACUCUUUGUUGUUCUAUUUUGUUUUGUCCCAGAUUCCGAUCACUACAUUCAUCCUCACUAUUGUGGCCCCUCGGGGUUCCCGCUCUACAUUGGUAUCCUCCUUCCUUUCUCUGUCAUCUACAUAUUCAACUACACUAUAUUCUUUAUCAUCAUGAUCAGUCUCAUCAAAAAGAGCGCCAGCUCCAAAUUCAGUGAAGCCAAGAAAAAGAACCGUAAAGCUGAAAUCAAAAAGCAAUGCCGUGUAGCUUUCACCGUCUCGGUCCUUUUUGGUUUAGGUUGGGGUUUUGGCGUCCUUGCUUCGUCAGCCAUUGGCUCUACGCCAGUCAGAAUCAUUUUUAAUUCCAUCUUCACGAUAUUUACCGUGUUCCAAGGGUUCUUUAUUUUCCUACUCUACGUUGUACUCUCUCCCAAUGCUCGUAACAUAUGGAAGAGAUGGAUAUUAAGAAAAGAAGCUACUAAAUCCACAGAGGCCUCUUCAUCAGUCGGACCUUCGACCUCUCGUACGACACAGAAAACAAACGCAUCAAAUAAUUACGGUAGAAAAGCAGGUGGAAUCGGAGGAGGUAAGGGAACACUGUACAGGAAUGUGUACAGUGCCGCUAAGGGAAAGUCCAGCUCACCUUACAUUACCAAAGAUCUUAUUUCCAGUGAAUUUGCUUCUAGUCAGCCUGUCGUUGAAGAGCUGAAGGAGAGACUAAGAUUCCGUUCGAUUGAUGACGAAGAUGAAGACAGGACCUUUAUGAAUCCGCUUGAUGAUUUAGGAGACGUGAUGUCACUUGUUUCCGAUACUCAGUCGCUACACGAGACGACUUUCUCGUUCCCUAAUCCAAACCCACCCUCCUCACAGUCGCAAGAAGAGGACGAUGAAGAGAGAGAUGAUUUGGGAGACAUUGAAGAAGGUCCCGGGAAAUGCUCGACUUUUAAGAACCCUCUCCGACAGAGCCUCCACAGGACUACCUCUCGCUCUUCAAGACCUCCAGACGAGACCGAGCUUCUUUCACAAAGUACUAGUACGGAUGAGCCCGCCCAAACUGUGACGCUUGAUCUUAACGCUAUAAAUGGUUUUACACUUUCGAAUGGAUCUUCGAGCCUCUCUCAAUCUCAAGGACUCUCUGGUCAUGAUGGGUCUCUUUUGAUCAGAGAUGAGCAAGUAUCAGAACUUUGAAUGAGCACAGUAACUAAUUACAAUGAAGGAACAUGCAAAUUUACAUAUUAUUAUUAUUAUUAGUAAAACAAAAUAUUUUUAUGUGUAAAUCCCUCAUUAUGUUUUUCACUAUUUUUGUACUUUCUUUCCCUUUUUCUCAGAUUUUUAUUACUAAUAAUAAUCAUGCACACGAAAAUGUCCCUCUUCGGGAUAAAUUAUCAUUAUUAUUACAAGAAAAUUAUUGUUGUUUUUAUGUUUAUGUUUACUUAAAUAUUUAGUUAAUUUUUGAAAGCUUUAGAUGAGCAAUAAA